AUUUCGGCUCUUCUCCCUCGCUGAGCUCCCGUGAGUGCCGGGCGCUGGCGAGAAAAUCCGUCCCGGCGAGGCGAGGGGACAGCAUCUCCCCUUUUCUCCUCCUGUGCUCCCUCAACCUUUGCUCUUUGUUUCGCUUCACCCUUCCUCCGGUAGCUCUCACUGAGCUGGCCAGAGACUUCCUUUAGGUCAGCCCAGCUGCAGCGGCUGCAACGCAACUUGCGGCCAAGUCGCAAAUAUUGUUGUGCCACUGAGAAUGCCCCGGAGGACAGAAAUGCCAGCCAGAGACUGAUGGCACGCUCAGCAAUCCAAGUCUCCAGGGAUGCUAGCAAAGCCUCCCCAGGAGAUCAGAGACAGGAGAUGGAGUUAAAAACAUUGUGUCUGCAAGCUGAAGUGGAAGGAGGCUGGGAAAUGAGGAAGCCCACACAGUCCUUGCUGACUCAGAGCUGGCAUAGAACAGCAGCACCCUUUCCCCUAAAGGGAAAAAAGUGUGUACAUUAAAGUACACUUUGACGUGUGUGUCCUGCUAGUGUUUAUAUCCUCCCAGACAGCCCAUCCCCAUAACUUUGUGGCAUCAUUGUCUGUACCAUUUGCUUGGCAGCCCCACAUCACACCACUGAGUCCGGGGCACUGCUGCCAUGAAAGAUUUGGCCAAGCACAUGGUGCUAAAGACCCACCUGUGUCUGGAGUGUGGCAAAUCCUUCAGCAAGAAGGGAAACCUGAAGAGACACCAGCAGAUCCACACAGCAGAGGAACUCUUCACUUGUGGGGAGUGUGGGAGGCACUUCAACCCCCGGGGCCCUCUCAUGACCUACCAGAGCAUCCACACAGGAGAGUGGCUCUUCUGCUGUGGGGAGUGUGGGUGCUGCUUCUGCCUGGAGAUAUGCCUGGCUGCCCACCAGAAGACACACACCAAGGGUGGUCCCUACCUCUGUGCCCACUGCAGCAAGAGCCUGAGCACAGAGAUCUACUUCAACAUCCACAUGCGGACCCACAUGGAGAAGAGGCCAUUUGCCUGCACCGAGUGUGGGAAGAGCUUUGUGAAGAAGGGGACCCUCACUGCCCACAGGGAGAUCCACAAGAGAGAGAAACCCUUCAGAUGCCCUGAUUGCAGUAGGUGCUUUGGGCAAAGUGCCACACUGCUGGCCCACCAGAAGAUACACCUCUGUGGGGGGCCUUUCAUUUGUACAGAGUGUGGGAAGAGCUUUAGCACGAAGCGAUAUUUCAAUGUCCACCAGAAGAACCAUGCCAAGCAAAAGCUACUUAAGGGACACAUCAGUGGUGUAUCUCUCCAGGUCAUCCAGAUUAAAGAGGAGCCUGAUUUUGCCUUCAGAUCAGAGGAGAUUAUGUUGGAGGAUAUGUCCCAGGAAGGAGAUGCAGCCCAGGGGUGUAGCAUAGCUAGAAAAUCAUCUAAUCCAAAAAGCUCUCCUUGGAAAAUCCAGAUGAAGGAGGAACCAGACCCACUCACUGAUGACACAGCAAACAUUCCCAUGAUACCUUGCCAGAAACUUUACAUAAAGGAAGAGCCACCAGAAAGCCCAGACUCUGGAAGGCUCUUUGAUCCAAAGAUCCCACUGUUGGCUUUACAGGGGAGACAGCUUAAAAGGGACAAAGAUGCUGAUGGGCAGCAUAAAUGGGAAGCCCCCAUGGCCAGUAACCACUUGCUCCAUGUGAACGAGGAACCACAGGAAAAAGUUGAGUUUGGGAUGUAUUAUGGACAAAAGCCAAACCUCAGUGCUAUCCACAGCAUCCAAAUUAAACAGGAACCUGAUUUGAAGGCCAACCACCAGGAGAGCCAAAGCCCAAAGAGGAAGCAGAAGGAAUGCCAUCAGCCCACCAAAGAGGGGAUGCUGCAGGACUGGGAGACGUUCAUAUCCAAGAAAGAUCCCUCAGCAAAAGGGCCUCCCAAGCAUGAACAAAUAUUCCCCUGUCCCGAGUGUGGGAAGAUUUUCAAUCAGAAAUCAAACCUGACCAGACACAGGAAGAUUCACACAAGCGAGGGGCCCUACAAGUGCAGUGAGUGCGGGGAGAGCUUCCGCAUGAACCGCAAGCUGAUCCGCCACCAGCGAGUCCACAUGAGCGAGCCCUUCAAAUGCACUGAUUGUGGGAAGAGCUUCACCCAGAGGUCAAAUCUGGUUCGGCAUCAGAGGAUUCACACCAAGGAAGAGCCCUACCAGUGCCCUGAGUGCGAGAAGACCUUCAACCAGAAGGCCAACCUCUUCCGGCACCAGACAAUCCACAUCCGCAUGGGGCCUUGCAAGUGCACCAAGUGUGGGAAAUGCUUCCCUCAGAAGCGACACCUUAUUAAUCACCAGCUGCUCCAUUCCCAAGGUGGGGCCUACAAGUGCGAGGUCUGUGGGAAGCACUACCGCCUGAAGAAGUACCUGAAGAGGCACCAGAAAAUCCAUGUGUGGGAAGGAACUGACCCCGGCCCAAAACCAGGGGAGGCCACAAAGACCUCAGUGUGGACCUCACCACACUGAGCAGAGAUCUCUGAUCCCCCUGAAAAGAGGAGAGCUGAGAGGGACUGGUGCCUGCUCCUAGGGCAAAGUCUUUGGGAAAGGGGAGGGAAAGAGACAAGCUCUGACAGGCUUAUAUGUGCAGGAUCUGGGAGUGUGGAGGUGAACAUGAGGGGAGAGUGAGGUUGAGGCGGCAAAGCACUGCUGGAAACAAGUUCUCUGCUGCUGCUUUCAUAGUAGAAUCCUCAGGGUAUGAGCUGCUCACAGCUGUGAGAUGGGCCUGAAGAGACAAACCUCCUCAGAGCAUGGAGAUGGAGGGAUAAGAGCUUGACAUCCUUUGUAAUGGUAUGCUUGUGCCUCUAAAGUGUGACAAAAUUGUGGAUGCCAAAAUUGUCUUGUGUGGGCAGUAUGAUCGGGCAGGAUUUAUUUUUAAUAUAUUACUCUGUUUCUGAGAAAGCUGAAGGGAAGCUCUCCCAUCUGGGAAAGGGUUUAAAGCAAGGGGCAUCUCUCUUGUCCCUCGUAUCUCUCAUCCACACCCUGAUCCUACUGGGCUGAUGGAUUCUAGCCAACUGAAUGGUACAGAUUUGGGAGAAAUUACUGUCAGCCAGAUCAGGAUUUUAACCCUGAAUCCCCAAAUCAGGCUCCCAGACUGGCUUGACCAGGUCCCUAAAAGUAAACUAUGAAAAUUCAAUGACUUUUUCCAAAGCUAGCACAGAGGCCAGCAGAUUGUAUUCUGGUUUGUGCCCCCACAACCUCACUGCAUGAAUGUAAAUGAGAAUGGCUUCUCUUAGCAUGAGUUUUCACCUCUCUGAUGAGCAGGCAGCUUUGCCAGCACAAGCCCCAGAGGUAUCAGUGACUUCACCAGCUUGACUGACACUGGUGCUGGUUCUCAACCUGCUUCCUUACCUGUUAGUGUGAAGCUUUUGUUGGGAUAUUGACUUAAUUGGCAUGGUUUAGGGAAUUCAAACCAUGCAGCUCGAAUAGUUGAAACAGUCUUUGGACUUUAUGGACUAGAGAACUGGAAACUGUUUCCCUGUUAGGUUAUUUUUCUUUCCCCUGACUGGUAUAAAAGAUUGUGCAGCUACUCAAAAGCAUGGAGAGUUCAGUGUUCUUUAUUGCUCACUGCUAAUGAUUGUGUUUGAGUGUUCUCUAGUCACAUGGAUCUUUGUGUCUUGAAAGUCCUUGGGGAAGCAGAGAUGUAGAGGGAAUCCACAAGCCCCUGAGGCUCUCCCCAGGAUUUCUCUGCAGCACAGCUAUGAGGCCACCUGGGCACUAUAGAGCAAAGACACAUAUUAGGGUUUGUUAUGUUGCUCUAAUUCAUCAAGUCCAAGAGGCAAGUGGAAAAACACUCUGUGGUGAAACAGUAGCUCCACUUCUCUGGUUUUGUGCAGGAGGUUGGACUAGAUGAUGUUCCGAGGUCCCUUCCAACUCUUAAGAUCCUGUGAUUCUGUGAACACAAGCUCCCUCCCCAUCCCCCAGGCACACAAGACUCCUUCUCCCAGGACAUGCUGCAGGUGACAUCUUCUUGGAGGCAUCUCAAAGUAGCGCAGCAUGAUUUUGAGCAACUAGCUGCUGAAAUGCCUUAGAUCAAAGCUACUGAUUGUCUCCACUGCCUACUCUGGAACAACUGCCUCUCUGGGCAGAGAAAUUGAGGCACAGAGAGAGUGAAAAGAACUGGACAAACUGCUCUUAAGUUUUGUGUGUCCAACCAGCUAGUUGGAAACCAUUGUGUCAAAGUGCUUUUUUGCGAUGACUGAGCACAACACUGAGUACAGCUGCCAAAUCCUAAAAGCAGAGAUUAAUUUUGGCACUUAGACUCUCUCAGUCUUUGAUAUAGUCAGGCCCAGGACAUGAUUUCAAACAGUAAAGCAAGCUCUGACAGCCUCUGAAGGAGCCUGCCUCUGUCCCCUCACCUACAAAUCACUGCCAAACUGGUUGAUACAAAGUUUCCCUGCAAACUCCUCUAAUCUGGGAGAGGCUCAUUUCUGUGACAGAAAAGGCAGACAUAUAGGGGAAAACAAGAAGUGUAGAGUGUUCUAGGGACAUCUAAGGGACACCUUUGUUAGCAAAAUGGAUCUGGGACAUGUGACAGGUAAAUGUUUCACUGUAGGAAUGGAAAAACAUGUUCUUUACGAAGAAUGCCAAUUGUAUGAGGUACAACAAGGCCAAGUGACAGGUCCUUGGCCACUUGGGCCACAACAACCCCAGGCAGUGCUACAGACUUGGUGAUGUGUGGCUGGAAAGCUGCCUAGAGGGAAAGGACUUGGCGUGUUAAUCAACAGCAGCUGAACAUGAGCCAGCAGUGUGCCCAGGCAGCCAAUAAGGCCAGUGGCAUCCUGGCCUGUUUCAGAAAUAGUGUGGCCAGCAGGCCCAGGGCAGUGAUUGUUCCCCUGUGCUGGGCCCUGGUGAGGCUGCAGCUCAAGUGCUGUGUUCAGUGUUGGGCCCCUCACUCCCAGAGGGACACUGAGGGGCUGGAGCAUGUCCAGAGCCAGGCACCAGAGCUGGGGAAGGGGCUGGAGAACAAGUGUGAUGAUGAGGACGAGAAGCAGCUGAGGGAGCUGGGGGUGUUUAGUCUGGAGAAGAGGAGGCUGAGGGGAGACAUGAGCACUCUCUACAACUCCCUUCCCAGAGAGGUGGUGGAGUCACCCAGUCCCCAACCGUGGAGAUAAUGCAAAGCUGUGUAGCUGAGGUGCUGAGGG